AUAUGAUUUAAGCUGAUUCAGAUUCAAGUAGAAGAGUGGCAUACUUUUAUAAUAGAUUGAUAGGAAAAUUUCAUUAUGGUAAGGAACAUCCUAUGAAACCUAAACGUAUCGCAAUGGCUCAUAGCUUAAUAGUUAAUUUUGGGUAGUUGAAAAAUAUAUAAAGAUAGACUCUAUAGAUCAUUGGAUGUAUAUUUGAUAAGAGAAGCAUAAUUAGAAGAGUUAAAAAAGUUUCAUGAUCCUGAAUAUAUUACUUAUUUAAGUUAGUAUAUGAGUGACAAUAAGGUAAAUUUUGUAAAAGAAUAUUGUUCAACAAAUAAUGAUGGUGUAAUACCUGAAAAUUUAUUGGAAGAAUAUAGAUUAAUAACUAAAUGGAGUUAAAAUAAAAAUACUAAAAAUCUAAAUGCUGAAUAUAAAGUAGGAGACUCAGCAGAUAAUCCUACUUUUUCAGGACUUUUCUCUUAUUGUUAAUUCAGUGCAGGUGCAAGUAUAGAUUGUGCACAUACUAUUUUAACUGGAUAGGCAGAUAUAGCAAUUAAUUGGUCAGGAGGAUUACAUCAUGCUAAAAAGAAAGAGGCUGCUGGAUUCUGUUAUAUAAACGAUAUAGUUUUGUGUAUUUUAGAGUUAUUAAGAAUUUAUGUUCGAGUAUUGUAUGUAGAUAUUGAUUGUCAUCAUGGUGAUGGAGUUGAAGAAGCAUUUUAUUUAACAAAUAGAGUUAUGACUUUAUCAUUUCAUUAAUAUGGAGAUGAUUUCUUUCCUGGAACUGGAUAAUUGAAUUCAGUAGGAUUAGGAGUAGGUAGAUAUUAUGCAGUUAAUGUUCCAUUAAAACCAGGAAUAUCUGAUGGACCUUAUUUAGAUUUAUUUAAGAAAGUUACCAGCAGAGUCAUGGAAACUUUUCGUCCUGAUUGUGUUGUUGUAUAAUGUGGUGCAGAUUCUUUGUCUUUGGAUUAAUUAGGAGCUUUGAAUUUAUCUAUCAAGUAAAAAUUAAAUUAUACUAUUUAAAAGAGGACAUGGAUAAUGCAUUACCUAUAUGAAAUAAUUUGGAGUUCCAUUAAUCCUUUUAGGAGGAGGAGGUUAUACAAUUUAAAAUGUGUCUCGAUGUUGGGCUUAUGAGACAGGAAUAUGUUUAGGAUAAUCUAUAGAUGAGGUAUUUAAAUUAUUAAUUAAAUUUAGCCUAUUCCAACUAACGAUAUUUAUUACAAAAAUUAUCGUGGAGAUUUUCAUUUACACUUUCCAAUUCAAGAAAAUGUUGAAAACAAAAAUAAAGCUGAAGAUUUAAACAAAAUUGUAUCUUAGGUGUAUGAUCAUUUGAAAAACUUAGAAAAUGCACCAGGAAUUCAUUUUCAUGAUGUUCCUUAUUCAUUUUAUCCAAAUAUGGAUUUGGAAAAUGAUGAAGACAAUAAAAUAAGUAUUAUUUUUAAUAAUUAUUAAUAGAUAUGGAUAUGAAAUAGGAAAUAUCUUUAGGUGAAUUAGAAUAAGAAUUAGGGAUAUCUGAUGAAGCUAAUGCAAUCUCAGUUAAUUCUGGUUCUAGAAAAUUGCAUUCAAAAGAAAUAUGA